UCCGCCCAGGUGGGACGGGAUUGGCCACCGGGCCGCCCCGAGAAAGCCCCGCGGGGCUGGCGUAGGCUGCGCGCUUGGGGCGGGAGGGGCGCGGCGCCGCGUCUGAAGCUGCCACGGCAGCUGUCCUCCCGCCUGCCUGUCCGCCUGCCGGUUCCUCCUGCAGCCCGCCUGCUGGGCAGGGCCGGCCUGGCCGGCCAUGGAGGCCUACGACAUCAUCGCCAACCAACCCGUGGUGAUCGACAACGGCUCAGGAGUGAUCAAGGCUGGCUUUGCAGGAGACCAGAUUCCCAAAUACUGUUUCCCAAACUAUGUCGGGCGCCCCAAGCACGUGCGUGUGAUGGCUGGAGCCCUGGAGGGGGACCUCUUCAUUGGACCAAAAGCAGAGGAGCACCGGGGGCUGCUGACCAUCCGCUACCCCAUGGAGCACGGCGUGGUGCGCGACUGGAAUGACAUGGAGCGCAUCUGGCAGUACGUCUACUCCAAGGACCAGCUGCAGACCUUCUCUGAGGAGCAUCCUGUCCUCCUAACGGAGGCUCCGCUCAACCCCAGCAAGAACCGGGAGAAGGCGGCAGAAGUGUUCUUUGAGACCUUCAACGUGCCGGCCCUGUUCAUCUCCAUGCAGGCCGUGCUCAGCCUGUACGCCACAGGACGCACAACGGGAGUGGUUUUAGACUCAGGGGACGGGGUCACUCACGCCGUCCCCAUCUACGAGGGCUUUGCCAUGCCACACUCCAUCACACGGGUGGACAUUGCCGGCCGCGACGUCUCCCGGUACCUCCGGCUGCUGCUGCGCAAGGAAGGCGUCGACUUCCACACCUCCGCUGAGUUUGAGGUGGUCCGGACCAUCAAAGAGCGAGCCUGCUACCUGUCCAUCAACCCGCAGAAGGAUGAGGCUCUGGAGACGGAGAAGGUGCAGUACACCUUGCCAGAUGGCAGCACGCUCGACGUGGGGCCCGCACGAUUCCGGGCCCCCGAGCUGUUGUUCCAGCCGGACCUGGUAGGGGAUGAGAGUGAGGGGCUCCAUGAGGUGCUGGCCUUCGCCGUCCACAAGUCCGACGUGGACCUCCGCCGGACGCUCUUCGCCAACAUCGUGCUCUCGGGUGGCUCCACCCUUUUCAAAGGCUUCGGCGACCGAUUACUAAGUGAGGUGAAGAAGCUCGCCCCGAAGGACGUCAAAAUCAAGAUCUCGGCUCCCCAGGAACGGCUGUAUUCCACCUGGAUCGGCGGCUCCAUCCUGGCCUCACUGGACACUUUCAAGAAGAUGUGGGUGUCCAGAAAGGAAUAUGAAGAGGGCGGCUCCCGCGCUGUUCACCGCAAGACCUUCUAG